GUGAGUGUUGGCUACAAUGUCACUUUCAAAUCAUGGCUACCGAUGUUGAUGGUUGCGUGAGUGAAAACUCGGUUGACGAUAUUGAAGAAAGAAAACACUUUCAAAGAAUUGUGAAUGCUUUUAGGUCUUAUAGAAACUACUCCUUGAGGAGGCUGUGCAAGGCGGUCAAGUACCUGUCCAGCCUGUCCCUCCCGCACCAGCUGAUGCUCAAGGGCUACAGGGAGCACCUGGAUCGGGUCCGCAUGGCCAUAGACCACAACAAUGAGAUCCUCAAGAUGGUGAUUGGCAGCAUCGCACACAUGUUUGAGAACGCCGAUCAUUCUGACGACGUGAAGCCAACCAACCAGGUGCCGGCAACCUCUCUGGACAUGGACAAGGUUCAGGGAGUCCUGAAGCAGUUUGUUCGUGAAUGGAGUGAUGAAGGUGCGGACGAGCGCAGGGCGUGCUUCCAACCCAUCAUAGACGCCAUCGUCGAGCAUUUUCCUUUUGAGGAGAUUGACCCCAGAAUGGUGAAGGUGCUCGUGCCAGGAGCGGGGCUGGGCAGGCUAGCCUACGAAAUUGCCCGGAGGGGAUACUGCUGCCAGGGCAACGAGUUCAGCCUUUUCAUGCUGUUCGCUUCCAACUUCAUCCUCAACUCGUGCAAGGGCACCAACCUGUACACGGUGUACCCCUGGGUGCACCAGUACUACAACCACAUGACCUCGGCAGACCAGGUGCGGGCCGCCUGCUUCCCGGACGCCGAUCCCACUGAGGUUCCCAGCGAUGCCCAGUUCUCCAUGGCUGCCGGAAACUUCGUUGAAGUGUACAGCUCUCAAGCCGGCCAGUGGGACUGCGUGGCCACCUGCUUCUUCCUGGACACGGCCCCCAACGUGGUGGUCUACAUCGAGACCAUCUACCGCACCCUGCGCCCCGGCGGCAUCUGGGUCAACCUGGGGCCGCUGCUGUACCACUACGCUGACCUCCCCAACGAGAACUCCAUCGAGCCCAGCUACGAGGACGUCAAGCACGUCAUCCUCUCCUUCGGCUUCCUCAUGCUGAAAGAAGAGACUGGACUGCCAACUCCGUAUACGCAAAACCCCACUUCUAUGAUGCGGUACGAGUAUCGCAGUGUUUUCUUUGUCUGUCAGAAGCCUGUGGAUCCAAACCCUGCAUCUGAAGCCACCGAGACUUCUCAGGCAUCGGAUGCGCCAAGUGACGACUCCUCUUGAUCAUGCGUGUAGCCAGUGAAGUGCAAAGGAAACAACAUUAUCACAAUUGUAAAAUUAUAAUUGAUGCUUCCAUAUAUUUCAAUAUGACAUUGGGUGUAGGUGUGGUGUGUAGUAUAUACAGGAUGUUCUCUUAGAGUGCCCCAAAUUUUGAAAAAUGGGAACUUGCGUUAGAAUUUGUAUUUGCGACUCCAGCAAAACGGACGGCACCUAGCGGGAAAACACUUGGCUGGCCGAAACAGGUCGCUUCACGAUUUCUGCUCGUCCCUCGUGGCUUCCGUGAUUGCAUGCUGUCGGCGGCUGGCACGAUAGCCGCUGAAGUAAAGCGAGAGAAGUUGCGUCGGCUGUGUCCAAAGCAACGGAAACAGCAGCAAUAACAGGACCGCAGAUAAAACCAUGACUAAGGCCUGUGGAAUUAGGCGCACCUUACAUUGCUUUUUAUGUUGUGUGGGGCGAACAGUUGUACCGGCGAAAUUGUCAUUACUGUCGUAUCAGCAUGUUGCCGAGGUAACUUGAAAGGCAGCCUACGCAAAUACUUGAACCAGACAUUGCGCAUUUAUUAACGUUCAUUUGUGCAAUAGAAGGACAGUAGGUAGUUGUACUUUCUUUGCUUCCCUGAAAAAGGUCAAGCCCCUGGAAGCUCACUUUAGCCAAUACACCACCACAGGUUUGAAACUUAGUGAAUAAAAAUCGGGGCAUACGAAUUUGGAGCCGAUGCUUGCCUGCUGACACCCAAGUAUUGUGCAUUGAGCUGUCACAUAUCACUGCACAACCUGUUUUUGACCUCCAUAUUUACUAGGGAGUGGCGACCUCUAUAGAUCGCUGGAGUUGCGAAGAGCCUUGAGGAGUUGGGGACUCUAGACAAGAGGUAAAAUUUGUUAAUUAGUUAGCUAAUUAAAUAUAAAGCCUCAACUAUCUUUUUAAAUUCUUAGUUUUGUGAUCAUCAUGUGGUCAGAGAAUUGACAGUCAACCUCCUUUCAGCCUAACCGGGAUGUAAAAUUUUGGUAAAAAAAUUUCAUAUGGGGCAAGAAAUGUCAUUCUUGUGCGUGGCUUCAAAGCGAAACUAACCAGUGAAGAAUGCCUAGGACAGGGGUUCUCAAACUUUUUGGUCUCACGGAACCCCAGGAAGCCUCAGAAACUGCCGCGGAACCCUCCCCCCCUCCAUAUUUGCCGACCGAGAAGCAACAGAUGCACAAUUGUAGGCAAUUCUGCUUGUGUUGCUUCCCAUAUAUCCCCACCAUAUCAAUCGCGAUGGCAGUACAUAGUGAGAUGAAGGCGCUUUGCAUGGUCCUGCCGCGCAGCCUGCGGCAUGGGGGGGUUGCAAUCUGGGUGCUCGCGGAACCCAUGAGACCUGCUCGUGGAACCCCUGUGUUCCCCGGAACCCAGUUGAGAACCCCUGGCCUAGGACAUUAAUUCUUCUGUCCUACUCCUGCUCCCCAACUCGCAUGUCCCCAACUCACGUGUCCCCAACUCACGUAUCUGCAACUCGCAUGUCUGCACAACAGACGUCAGCAGUGCGAUAGAAGUGCAGAGCAGAGAGUUUGACGUCCCGAGUGCGCUUCAUUGGUUAGUUUUGAUUUGAUGCUGUAUACAAGGAAGACAUUUCUUGCCCCGUAGUGCACACUACAAUUGUUUUAAUCAUCAUUUCAUGUCAUGGAGGCUUAUGAGGAGGUUGAGUGUCAAUUCCCCAAUAAUGUUAUGCCCCCCCCCCCCCCCAAAAAAAAAAAAAAGGGUUAGUAGAAAUUUUUUAGUUAAUUAGCUAACUAAUUAACAAAUUUUGCCUCUUUUUUAAAGUGGCCCCAUGGUCCCCAACUUAACCGCAUGGCUACAAAAAUGCUAAAACAAGUACCUUUUUUUUAACAAAUUCUGGUCCCUCUAAAGAAAACCAGCCUGCAUAUAGGAUAGGAAGGUCAAUUUUUUGGUGGGUCAGUUACCUCAGAUUUGUUACUUUAGCAUUUUUCUCCUGCAUAGAGCGAAGCAGUUGUAUUUUCUUGUUCCCCUUGCAUUGUUGCCAGGGUAAGUGAGAUGUUUUAUUAGCAAAGCACAAACCAAGUGUAUUUUGAUUUCCUAUGAAACAUUAUAUUUUCUCAAGGAAUAGAGCACUCGAAAAUUCAAGAUGAGGCCAAAGCCUAUAGUUACAAGGUAAUAGAAAAAGAAGCAGUGAUAUUUAUGAGUAAAACAUGCAGUGAAUGCACAGUAGAUCAAAGGCACAAAGAGCCAGUUAGGUGUGCUCUUUAUGAAGACCUUGUGGUGCGAGUGCUGUGAAUGUGCUUAGAUGAUGCCAAGGUCGAAUGUUUUGUAUCGGAGUGCGUUUAGUAAAACUCUUUCAAGAACUUCCAUUAGCAUUCUUUCCGUUUAUAUAUUUUAGGUGGAAAAUGCUACCCUUCAUUCGUAACCCUCCAACACAGAUUUCUUUUUUUUUUUUUACGGAUUUUGGAAGGAUAUUUUACAAAGAAAGUAACGUUAGAAGCUUGCCUGGUUCCAACCACUCUAUUGGUGGACCUGAAGGUUUCCCAUGUAAUUAAGGAGGCAAAUGUUUUGUCAUGCAGGCAAAGAUGAACAACUGCAUAAAAUCCUUUACAUGCAUAUUUAUGGUGUACAACAACCGGCAUGUUGGAAACCCCAUCCAGUUCAGUUAUUUUAUGUUACCUUAGUUACCUUUCUAGUGGCUACCUCUGCUAUGUUUAAAAUCUAGUAAUAAAAAUAUAUUGUAGGCAACAUUCCUUGUUUGUACUGUAGCACUGUUGUUUUCAAGAGAAUGUUAACAUUGGACAGCUGGUUUUCCAGUGUAGGAGGCUGCUCACAUCGUGGUAUGAAUGUAAGCUUCUUUACACACGUUAGCAUAUCUUUUAUUUUUUUAAGAGCCACGUGGAACCACUGUUUCUGCUGGCGUAUGAUUGUUGGGUCUGUUUUGUUC